UCAGUAGCAGCAGCACAUCCACAUCCAACAUGAGCAACACCGGCAUGAACAUGAGGGGCAAGAUCAUCUUCUACGAGGAGAAGAACUUCCAGGGUCGCUCCUACGAGUGCAUGAGCGACUGCUCUGACAUGACCUCCUACCUGAACAGGUGUCAGUCCUGCAGGGUUGAGAGCGGCUGCUUCAUGGUCUACGACCGCACCAACUACAUGGGAAACCAGUUCUUCAUGAGGAGAGGAGAGUACUCCGACUACAUGAGCAUGAUGGGCAUGAGGGAUUGCAUCAAGUCUUGCCGUAUGAUCCCCAUGCACAGAGGCCAGUUCAGGAUGAAGAUCUACGAGAGGGAGAACUUCGGUGGUCAGAGUCACGAGCUGAUGGAGGACUGUGACAACAUCCAGGACCGUUACCGCAUGAACGAGUGCCAGUCCUGCCACGUGAUGGACGGCCACUGGCUGAUGUACGAGCAGCCCCAGUUCAGAGGCAAGAUGAUGUACCUGAGACCCGGAGAGCACAGGAACUUCAGGGACAUGGGCAUGAGCGGAAUGAAGUUCAUGAGCAUGAAGCGCAUCAUGGAUUCCUCCAACUAA